AUGUCACUUGGAGCCGCGCCGAACGCGAACGGAGACGAGGUGUCUCCCAUCAAAGACGACUCAACCGCUGCUGCUCCUCCGCCAGCUCAGCCCGACCCCAAUGCAAAGGCCGUUCACGAUGUGAUCAACUCGGAGAUUGGUGUAGCAACCUUACUGAACCGUUUGAAGCAAAGCAUAGCCUCGGCAAAGGAGUUUGCUAUCUUUCUGAAGAAGCGGUCCACGUUGGAGGAGGAGCAUUCCAAUGGGCUCAAGAAGCUCUGCAGGUUAACGACUGAAAACGUUCGAAGACCGGAGCAUCGCCAUGGUACAUUCCUACAUUCUUACGAAGAGGUCAUCAACAUCCACGAGCGCAUGGCAGACAAUGGGGACCAGUUUGCCAGUUCACUGCAUCAGAUGCACGAGGAUCUCUUGGAGUUGGCCUCUAACAUGGAGCGCGGCCGCAAGCAUUGGAAGGCCACAGGGCUCGCAGCUGAGCAGCGAGUCGCUGACAUAGAGGCAGCUAUGAGAAAAUCCAAAGCCAAAUACGAUGGUCUGGCAGAAGACUACGACAGAGCAAGGACAGGCGAUCGCCAAUCAGGAAAGAUAUUCGGUUUGAAGGGUCCCAAGUCUGCUGCGCAACAUGAGGAGGACCUUCACAAAAAGGUGCAGGCUGCAGAUGCGGACUAUUCAUCCAAGGUGCAGACAGCGCAGGCCCAGCGAGCUGAAUUGUGGUCUAAAUUGAGGCCCGAGGCUGUCAAGGCACUACAGGAUUUGAUUAAGGAGUGCGAUUCGGCACUGACUUUGCAAAUGCAGAAAUUUGCAUCCUUCAACGAAAAGCUCCUUUUAAGCAACGGCCUGAAUAUCAGCCCACUCAAGGGUAGCGAGCAAGGAAGCCAACCCCGCAGCCUCCGUGAAGUUGUCUAUGCUAUUGACAACGAGAAAGACUUGAGCAACUACGUUAGCAGUUUUGCAAACAAGGUCCCUGCUCGAACUCCAGAGAUUAAGUAUGAGCGGAAUGCAGUCUUAAUCCCAACCACCCAACCCAGUGCGCCUCCUCAGCGCCAAUCAGAUCCUCCUGCGUCUUAUUCUUCUCGCCCAGGUCUUCCGCAAGCAUUCGGCGCAGCACAAUCCCCGCAUCAGACGCACAUGAGUCAGCCUUUCAACCAAGGCCCCCCGCCUGCCUUGCAGCAGCAUGAGAGGAGUUUCAGUCAAGGCCCUCCAGUGCAGCAAUAUAAUAACAACCCCAUAAAUAGCUCCAUGAAUACUUCAAUGGGAGGUCCGCCACGAGUCCCUUCACAAGGAGCCCCAUACAACACCGGCUCCAUCGCUUCCAAUGGCCCACCACAACUUUCAACGCUUCCCUUCCAAACCAAUCAAGCUCCUCAGCCCUCAUUCUCGCAGCCACAACAGCAAACGAUUCCAGCACCAUACUCGCAGCCACCACCGUCCGGACCUCCUGCUGCCAAUCUGCCCCCCUUGAAACCCGUUUUUGGCCUCAGCUUAGAACAACUCUUUGAGAGGGAUGGCUCAGCUGUGCCUAUGGUGGUCUAUCAAUGCAUUCAAGCGGUAGAUCUGUUCGGGCUAGAAGUCGAAGGCAUAUAUCGUUUGUCAGGUACCCAGUCUCACGUGAACAAGAUAAAAGCAAUGUUUGACAACGGUAGGGUAGAUUUCCGGGAUCCCGCAAAUUUCAUUCACGACGUGAAUAGUGUUGCUGGUCUGCUGAAGCAGUUCUUCCGCGAUCUCCCUGAUCCACUCUUGACUUCCGAGCAUUAUGCUGGGUUUAUUGAAGCUGCCAGUACCGACGAUGAUAUCGUCCGACGAGAUUCGUUACAUGCAAUUAUCAACAGUCUCCCGGACCCGAAUUACGCUACUCUUCGUGCCCUGACGUUGCAUUUGCACCGAGUCACAGAGGCUUCGAGCGCCAAUCGAAUGAACACGAGCAACCUGGCAAUUGUGUUCGGCCCAACAUUAAUGGGCGCCAACACCGGCCCAAACAUUCAAGACGCUGGUUGGCAAGUCAGGGUCAUUGAUACCAUAUUGCAAAACACAUAUCAAAUCUUCGAUGAUGACUGA